GCCGCCGCCGCCGCCGCCGCUGCCGCCGAUAUGGCGCGCAUGGCCCCUGUGGAGCCCCCGCUGCGGCAUCCCACGCCCCCCUCGCCGGCCGCGGGUGAGCCCCGCACCUCGGUCGAGGUGGCGGUGGCUCCGCGGAGGGUGCUUUUCGCCGACGAGGCCUUGGGGCUGCCGCUGGCGCAGCUACGCCGCUACCGGCCGUGGGGCGGGCCCGGGGCGGGCAAGAUGGCGGCGGCGGCCGGGCAAGAUGGCGGUAGCGGCGGGGCAGAUGAGGACGACGACGGCGAGGAUGGGGAUGAAGGGGAGGAGGAAGAGGAGGCCUUUCUCGAGCCCUCACCGCCGUGCCCCGUCCCCGCUGGCGGGGGUUUUUACCUGGUGCCCACAUUUUCGCUGCCGCCCGCGCCGGGCCGUCUGGAGCGCUUGGGUCGCGUCAUGGUGGAGUUGGAGGCGCUGCUGCCACCUCCUGGAGCAGUCCCCGGGGGUUCCGGGGUGUGGGUGCCUGGGGGGCGCCCGCCUGUGCUGCGCGGGUUGGUGCGCGUGCUGAACCGCUCCUUCGAGAAGGCGGUGCACGUGCGGGCCUCCCACGACGGCUGGGCCUCCUUUUGCGACCACCCAGCGCGCUACGUCCCGCGCAGCCCGCCUGGGGCUGCAGCGGGAGGAACAGGAGCAGGAGAUCCCAUCCUGGAUUCAGGUCUCGGCUUGGGCCCUGGCCAGGCGUCCACCUCCUCGCCCGACGACGGCGGCCGUACUGACCGCUUUGCCUUCCAGCUGCCCUUUGCUGAGGGCGCGGGCGAUGGGGCGCGCCUCGACUUCGUGGUGCGCUAUGAGACCCCCGAGGGCACGUUCUGGGCCAACAACCACGGCCGCAACUAUACAGUUCUGCUCCGGAUCGCACCCGCUCCCACACCCACUGAUGCCGAAGGGCUGCCCCAGCAGCAGCAGCUGCAGCAGCUGGAGCCACAGCCUGAGUGCCAGGGUCCCGUGGAGGCUGAGGCCAGGCAGCUGAAGAGCUGCAUGAAGCCGGUGAGGCGCAGGCUUCCUGAGGAGGAGCUGAGGAUGAGCACCGGAGAUGACCACACCCCUGCUGGGGCAGAGCAUCCUGAUGUACAGGAGUCGUUGGGUUCCCUGGUGGCCCCCACCCCUCUCCGUCCAUGGCCCCAGAUGACACUUCAGGUUUCUGAAGUUAGAGUGACUGGCAGCUCCCCAGAAGAGGGUGACAUCUCCAGAAGCUGUCCACCUGUGGCUUUUACAGAGAUCCCUCAGGCACCAGCCAUCAGGAUCCCCCCUUCCACCGCAUUCUGUGGCCUGGGUGGCUCUCCAAGGGACCAGGCCUCAGGGCCCGAUAUAAGUGAGGGAGCCAGCGGGCCAUUCCUGCAACCCAGCCAGCACCAGGUGGAGGCCACGUGGGAAACGGGGGAUAUGAUGAAUGAGCCCACUGAGGGCCUGGGGGUCGUGAGCGGGUUGGAGGAGCUGCUUGGUGAAGACACCAUCGACCAGGAGCUGGAGCAGCUCUACCUGUCCCACCUGAGCCGUCUGCGGGCUGCUGUGGCUGCAGGUGGGGCAGGAGGCAGUGGGGAGGGCCCCACUGAUGGGGGAACCUCUCCCAGCCAUCCCCUAGGCAUGCUCACGGACCGUGACCUGAUCCUGAAGUGGCCUGGCCCCGAGCGGGCCCUGAACAGUGCCCUGGCUGAGGAGAUCACGCUGCACUAUGCACGCCUGGGGCGUGGUGUGGAGCUCAUCAAGGACACUGAGGACCCUGAUGAUGAGGCGGAGGGUGAAGAGGGGGUCUCUGUCAUUCCCUCUAGCCCUGAGGGAGACAGCCCCAAGGAAUCUCCUCCAGAAAUCCUCUCUGGGGCCCGCUCUGUGGUAGCCACUAUGGGCGAUGUGUGGCUUCCAUGGGCAGAUGGCUCAGGAUGUGACGGCCCUGUACUUCUGGCUACAGAGGGUCAGUUUGCUGGAGAUUCAGAGAAAGGGAUGGGCAAGGAUACCAACUCUUUGCACACGAAUAGGGUCAUAGGUGGAGUGACCAGCUCCCUAGGAAGGGCUGGGACACAAGCCCAGAUGGAGGUUACCACUGAGGGGGCAAGCAGCUCAGAUAUUCCACUUGGCAGUGAGCCAGGUGCUCCGGCCCUUCUGCAGGAGCAGAAUCCCACCCUUCCUGGUACCUUGGGGGCUGAAGUCAGUGUGUCUGGUGUGGCCAGACCUCAUGCAGUCUCCCAGGAUGAAGAGGGUGCAGGUCCCAGCCUUGAGCCCCCAGAGAGGUCUCCCACACUAGAAGGCCCUGCAGAAUGUGUGUAUGGCUUGCCGCCUCAGCUCCGGGGGCCCUUGACCCAGACUCUGGGAGUCCUGGCUGGGCUAGUUGUGGUCCCUGUGGCUCUGAACAGUGGUGUGUCCCUCCUGGUGCUUGCGCUGUGCCUCUCUCUGGCCUGGUUCUCGUAGGCUGCUUGUGGGGUUAGCAGAACAGGUUUUUCCUCUCUGGGAUCUGGGGAAGGGCAGCCCCUCUACCAUCCCAGAGGGUUGAGAUGGAAAUGUAUAGCCUGUGUGGUGAGAGACCUUGGUCCUUUGCUUCUGAGAAUGCUGGACUGAAGAGAGACCUUCCUGUCCCUCGGCUCUCCAGGCCACAUGGGGCAUUCUCUAGUGAUACCUAUGGUGAGGAGCAGGGGACAGUGGAUGGUAUAAGUAAGACAAAUUUUUAAAAUGGAACCAGGCAUGUCCCCUUUCCCCCACCCCCUGAGCCUGUAUUUAUUUUUGUAUAAUUCUCUGGAUGAGGGAGAGUGGUCAUGAGCUGGUCUUGGGGCACAAUUACCCAGAGAUAUAUUUAUUAACAGCCAACCUGUGCAACCUGCUGGAGCUUUAUUUUUAAUUUAAUUUAUAUAGAGUACCUAUUAUUAUAUGCCACAAUAGAGCUCUAUGAGAAAUGACGUGUCUUGCUGUGCAGUGGUCUCCUGUUUGGGCCCGAGCAUACAGGGUGGUCACAUUCUGGGGAGGAUCAUGCUGGGGAGUAUGGGGCAGAUGUGACCACACCUGCUGCUGCUGCUGCUGCUUCAAUAUGUCCUUGAGGAUCUGUGUCUCCUUAUCUCAUGGUCCUAAUACAUGUGGUCCUUUGAUCUUUCACAUUUUGCCUGUGGGAGCCUGCCUGUGUGUAUAUGGAUGGUGGUGGGAGUCAAGGAGGAAGAGCGGUGGCCACAUGAGGGUUUGGUGUCAGUCACAGGGCUGCAGUGGUAGCUCUAGUUAGUUGUGGAUAUGGAAAUAUCAGUCUUGAAUCAGCCACAAGAUUUUGAGGUUAAUGAAAAAACAGCCUUUGACACCAGCAAGAAGAUUCCUCCAACCCAAAGAUAGGAAGGCCUCAGAAAGGACAGAGGAAAUAAUGUACUGUGAAAAAUUCACAUCAGAGUUGCUGUCCACAGACAUUGCAUAUCUACUCAAAAGAUGAAACCCAGAAGCUUUGAAAGAAAGGACAGAUGUAUUUAUUGCAUGUAAAUAAAAAACUGCAUAGUGAA